AUGAAUGUUGUCAGACCCAUUGAACCCGCAGCCCCGAAUGGCCACCGAUUCAUUUUGGUUGCCAUUGACUAUUUCACCAAGUGGGUCAAAGCAACGUCUCACAAAUCAGUAACGAAGAAAGUGGUGGCGGACUUUGUGCGAAACCACAUCAUAUGCAGAUUCGGUGUGCCCGAGUCUAUCAUAACAGACAACGGAGCAAACUUGAACAGCCACUUGAUGAAGGAUAUCUGCGAGCAAUUCAAGAUCACCCAUCGAAAUUCAACAGCUUACCGGCCGCAAAUGAACGGAGCCAUAGAAGCAGCCAACAAGAAUAUCAAGAGGAUAUUCAGAAAAAUGACUGAUAAUCAUAAGGGUUGGCACGAGAAGUUACCUUAUGCCUUACUGGGAUACCGUACAACAACCAGGACUUCAACAGGAGGAACUCCAUACCUGCUGGUCUAUGGAACUAAAGUAGUCAUACUCGCUGAAGUUGAGAUACCUUCCCUGAGAAUCAUUCAGGAAGCGAAAUUGGAUAAUGUUGAAUGGGUUCGAGCUCAUUAUGAGCAAUUGGCCUUGAUUGAUGAGAGAAGGAUGGUUGUUGUCUGUCACGGUCAAUUAUACCGGCAAAGGAUGAUAAGAGAUUUCAACAAACGAGUCAGAACUAGACUUUUUCAGAUCGAGCAACUGGUGCUCAAACGGAUUUUUCCACAUCAAGAGGAAUAUAAGGGGAAGUUUGCUCCCAAAUGGCAGGGACCUUACGUAAUCCGCAAAGUACUCUCCGGAGGAGCGGUAGUAUUGGCAGAAAUGGACGGUCAAGAACGGCCGAAGCCGAUUAGCUCGGAUGCAAUCAAACGCUACUAUGCAUGA